GAUCGUCCAAGUGUGGCCGAUGAUAUAUCCCUUUUCCAGAAAUAUUCAGAAAUGAACUUUGGACUUUUCUGAGGUCUGAGUGGCUGGUCUAACUUUAUCUAUCUCUAUAUAUAUGUAUGGAUAUAGAAAGACCAGAUAUACGCCAGUCCCACGACUCUGUAUAUAAAUCGGACAUAUAGCAUCUCUCAGUCUUCGGAAUCAGGCGGAAACACAGAGAGAGAGAGAGAGAGAGAGAUCGCAGAACAUGGGAAGAGCUCCUUGCUGCCAGAAAGUGGGGUUGAAGAAAGGUCCUUGGACUCCAGAAGAAGAUCAGAUACUGAUCAAUCAUGUCAACAAAUAUGGCCACAGCAAUUGGCGUGCUCUCCCCAAAUUAGCUGGGCUUCUAAGGUGCGGAAAAAGUUGCAGACUCCGAUGGAUAAAUUAUUUGAAGCCAGACAUCAAACGAGGAAAGUUCACCCCAGAAGAAGAGGACACCAUAAUCAAGCUUCAUGAAAUGCUGGGAAACAGAUGGUCAGCAAUAGCAGCCAAGUUACCGGGCCGCACAGACAACGAAAUAAAGAAUGUGUGGCACACGCACUUGAAGAAGAGGCUUCCACAGAACCAACAGAACCAUCUCCAAACAAAACGAAAACCAAAACAGAAGGAACAACACAUCGUGACGGAGAACGUUAACAGACCACUUUCUCCACAGAGUUCAAGCGAUGCGUCCACCCUCACCACAAACAACGAUAACAGUAUGGCGACUAGCAGUCCUCCUGCUAGUAAUAAUGUCACUAACGACGACGACAUGUCCGUAAAUAUUAACGUUGAGUCUCUUGCACCGGAGGCCCUGGCAUUGGACGAUGAUUUCUGGUCGGAAGUACUGUCGGCUGAUAAUUCCGAGGAGACUACCGAUUAUAUUCCGGCCGCAUGUGGCAGGGUGGAGUCUCAGUCUCAGUUUCUGUUCUCUCAGCUAGACGAGGUGCGAGUGGAAGCAGAUCAUGUUAGUUCGUCGAGCAUGAGCGAUGACAUGGAUUUUUGGUUUGAUGUUUACACUAGAGCGGAGGAAUUCACGGAGCUACCACAGUUGUGAAGUUGUGCUUCAUUGAACUUUAACUUUUGUUCAUUCGUUCAAGAAAAUCUGUCGUUGAUUUGUUACAUCGGCAUUAAUUAAUAACUGUACGCACUGAUCGACGUUCAAAGAAUACAAUGUAUAUCCUUUGUUCC